AUGCGAGUGUUUGUCGUGCUUUUCUCGGUGUCUGUGCUCGGGGACGAGGCCACAGAAAUCCCGAAAUCUGUGCGCGCAAAGUACAAGGAAUGUCGAGAGAUGGCUCUGACUCUGUCUGGCCGGGAACCCACCGUUUUUCCGUGGGAGAAUCCCACGAAUGAAAACAUCAUAGAUCUGAGUUGGACGUACGAUGCCAACACAAUAUAUUGGAACGAAACCGACGCUUUCGAACUGCGCAUCUCAACCACGGGCACGACAUCGAAAGACUACGAGCAGAAAGAUCAUGUGUCCAUGGCCACAUCGGGAGGCACGCAUGUAGGAGCGCCGCGGAUGUUCCAUCCGAAACGCUGGAGUGUGGACCAAAUACCUUUGAGGAGACUUUUCAAUAUUCCGACCGUAAUAAUCGACGUGAAGAAAAAGGUGGUCAAGGAUAGAAGUUACUAUCUAAGUGUUCGCGACCUUCAGCUCUGGGAAAACGCACAUGGCCUCCUGCCAAACCAUUCGUUGAUAAUCAUCCGCACCGGACAUCACAUGCUCUAUGGUAAUCGCGAAGGGUAUUUCGGACAUGCGGCCAAUAGAUCCCGAGUGUUCCCGACCAUGGGAGCCAAAGCAGCACGCUGGCUCGUUCGGAAUCGGAAUAUCGUUGGCGUGGGGAUUGAUUCUCCGUCGGUCGACAAUCUGACGACAUUCCUCGGUCAUCGCGCGUUGGCGAAGAGGAACGCGUACGUGAUUAAGAACUUGGCCAGUCACAUCGAUCAAGCCCCGAAACGAGGAACGUUCGCUUUUGUUUUCCCGAUGAAAAUCGGGGGGGCCAGCGCAGCGCCAGCUCGCGUGCUGCUUCGUGUUCCCCAUUCUAGGCCGAAAUCGACGACCCCGAAUCCAGCAAUAUCCUAAAGGUUGAAUCCACAUGAUUGUGCAACUUCCGUCCUUCUCGGAGGAUCGGAACGUGUAAUAAAAAAAGUUGUGCGCGAAGGGGGGAUUUUCUUCUUCGACCGACGAUCUAA